UGAGCCCCUGCCCUCUUCUAUUUGCGCCCAAGCUGUUUAUGCGUGCCAUGAUUAAGACGCAUGACGCCUAAUAUUAGACCUUAAAGUGUGUGUGUGUGUGUGUGUGCGCGCGCGCAUGUGUGUGUUGUCACAUACAAGGAGAGUGAGAGAGCAAGAGAGGGAGAGGGGGGAGAGAGAGAGAUGCAGAGAAAUAUAGAGAGCAUCAGGACUAAACACAUGUUCUGUUUUUUUCUCUCCAAGCCUCCACCUAUCUCUGCAGAUAAUCCCGACCUUCUUAAUUAAGACGAAUGUGCGCCGCGGCUCCGCAGAUAAUGACCGGAGCGCCUGGAUUUCUGCACACAAGGAGAAAGCUGCGGGCCAUGGCACUGACGGUACCCGCAUUGCAUCACGGACACGACACCCGGUACCCCGCUGUUUCCCUCCCACCUCAACUUGAGCCGAUGAGGAGACUGUAGCAUCUUAUCAUAGAGUUUCUUUGACUCACAAUCCCAUGCAGCCGCGCUCUCAGACGGCCGGCUGCUGCCUGCUCCGCUGUGCGCUGCUCUGGAGGCGCAAAGCCGGUAAUUACGCGCCGUGCUGACAACUUUGGCGCGGUGCUAUAUAGCCUAUGGAUUGCGCAUCAGCAACAGGCCAGUCGCUGGCAUCUACUGAGAUUUCCCUCCGGUGGAGUGAAGUGUGAUCCCCGGGAGUCAUCCGCAGCCCGGUCACAUCAUCGAUUGAGUGUGCGCUGCAACCUGUAGCUGUGUGCCCCUUUGUUUCAGUCAUUAUUCCGCUAAGGCGCAAUGGAGGGACACAGCUGACGGUUUUGACUCUGUAGCCCGAGGAGGAGAGAAGAAAAAAGAGAAGGAAAGCAGCCCCAGUGGAAGCCAUGUAUGGGCGGUACACCCAGGAGUUGGGUGUGUAUGCCAAGGAGGAAGCAGCCCGCCUACGGGAUGGAGGAGUGCGGGAUGGCGGAGGACUGCGGAGGAACACCAGCGUUCGUAGUCGUGCUGCUGAUCUGCUGGAAUAUGAGAAAGACCCCUGUGCAAAGUGCCAAUUGUGUGCGUCUCGCUGCCAGAAGUUCCUGAUCUCGCGGGUGGGCGAAGACUGGAUCUUCCUCAUUCUGCUGGGGCUGCUCAUGGCUCUGGUCAGCUGGGUCAUGGACUACGCCAUCGCCUUCUGCCAAGAAGCACAGAAGUGGAUGUAUGGUGGACUGGACAGUAACAUGCUUCUGCAGUACAUCGCCUGGGUCACCUACCCUGUAGUUCUCAUCACUUUCUCAGCGGGAUUCACACAGAUACUGGCGCCGCAGGCUGUGGGUUCAGGUAUUCCUGAGAUGAAGACGAUACUGAGGGGGGUGGUCCUGAAGGAGUACCUGACCUUCAAGACGUUUGUGGCCAAAGUCAUUGGUCUGACCUGUGCCCUGGGUAGUGGGAUGCCCCUGGGGAAGGAGGGACCCUUCGUUCACGUUGCCAGCCUCUGCGCCGCUCUCCUGAGCAAAUUCAUGGCUGCUGUUUUUGGGGGGAUUUACAUGGUGAAAAUGGAAGAGCCCUUUGAGGGAUGCAAGAACGAGUUGAGGAACACAGAGAUGCUGUCAGCUGCCUGUGCAGUGGGUGUGGGCUGCUGCUUCGCUGCCCCUAUUGGAGGGGUGCUGUUCAGUAUUGAGGUGACUUCAACGUUUUUUGCUGUGAGAAACUACUGGAGGGGCUUUUUUGCUGCCACCUUCAGUGCCUUCAUAUUCAGGGUGCUGGCAGUGUGGAAUCAGGAGGAAGAGACCAUCACUGCUCUCUUUAAGACUCGUUUCCGUCUGGACUUCCCGUUUGACCUUCAGGAGCUGCCAGCGUUCGCCAUACUCGGGAUUGCCUGUGGUUUUGGUGGCGCUCUGUUUGUCUACCUGAACCGGCUGAUUGUAGAGUGCAUGAGGAAACAGAAGACUAUUAACAAGUUCUUACUGAGGAAUCCCUCUCUCCCUGUCAGGCGUCUGGUGUAUCCUGCACUCGUCACCCUGCUCGUCUCCACACUCACGUUCCCUCCGGGCUUCGGGCAGUUCAUGGCUGGACAGCUGACGCAACAUGAGUCUCUGGUCGCGCUGUUCGACAACCGCACGUGGUGCCGUCAGGGCGUGGCCGAGGAGUUCGACUACAUCAGCCACCACCAUGCCUGGAAACACCCCCAGGUCAACGUCUUCAUCACGCUCAUCCUCUUCAUCAUCAUGAAGUUCUGGAUGUCUGCUGUGGCCACCACCAUGCCUGUUCCAUGUGGGGCCUUCAUGCCAGUUUUCCUUAUUGGUGCAGCAUUUGGCAGACUCGUUGGAGAGAUCAUGGCAACCAUGUUUCCUGAUGGUAUACAUGCUGACGGCAGUGUGUAUCCCAUAGUUCCUGGUGGUUAUGCUGUAGUUGGUGCUGCAGCGUUGUCUGGAGCAGUCACCCACACCGUAUCCACAGCGGUCAUAGUGUUUGAGCUGACCGGUCAGAUCUCCCACAUCCUGCCUGUGAUGAUCGCAGUCAUCCUGGCCAACGCCGUGGCCCAGGCGCUCCAACCGUCUCUGUACGACUCCAUCAUCCGCAUCAAGAAACUUCCUUAUCUGCCUGAGCUGGGCAUGGGACAUCACGAGAAGUAUAAUAUCCGUGUGGAGGACAUCAUGGUCAGGGAUGUGCGCUACAUCACUCUUAACUCUUCCUAUCGGGACCUGCAGGAGAUGCUGCUCACUGGUCAGCUCAAAACACUGGCCCUGGUUGAAUCCCGAGACUCCAUGAUCCUGCUGGGCUCCAUAGAGCGACUGCAGCUCCAGUCUCUGCUCGCUCUUCAGCUGGGACAUCAGCGGAGGCUGGAGUACCUCCGCCAGCUGGCCCAGGACAACGGCACCCACGAUCACCUGCCCAGCAUGACCUCCGACAGCACCCCCAGCUCGCCCUGCGCCCACACCCACAUCAACGCCUCGACCAGCGCUCGCCAAGGGGUCCGCUUCCUGGUGAGCACCCAACAGAUCUCCACAGAGGAGUCUUCUUCCUUCAGCCCAGUGGUUUCCAAUGUUCAGCUUCCACUGAAAUCUGCCUUGAAAACUGUGUCCGCCAUCAGCGACACAGAGACGCCAAAUAGCUCUCAAACCCUCUCCUGUGCUGACCAAGACAAGGAGCUGCUGGAGAGCCCGGCUGGGCCGGCUCCUCCUGAAAAAAGAAAGCCAAGGCCCAAACGAGUGAGGAUCUCCAUGGCGGACUCUACUGAGGUGGAAGAUUGCAUGACUCCAUCAGAGAUAGCAGAGUGGGAGGAGAAGCAGCUCGAUGAACCGGUGGAUUUCAAGAACUGCAAGAUUGAUCCCGCACCCUUCCAGCUGGUGGAGCAAACGUCUCUGCAUAAGACUCACACUAUCUUCUCUCUGCUGGGUCUGGAUCACGCCUAUGUGACGAGCAUGGGACGUCUGGUCGGAGUGGUCUCUCUCAAAGAGCUGCGUAAGGCCAUCGAGGGCUCGGUGACAGUGACUGGAGUCAAAGUUCGUCCUCCGCUGGCCAGUUUCCGUGACAGUGGGAACACCACAAGCGUAUCCGAGGUAACUGAACUACACAAGCUGUGCAUCCGCCACAGGGGGCUCUCGUUGCCACGGGAACCCAACCUUCCUGACGUGGAGGACCAGCCUGAUCUCCAAUACAAAGAGAUCCCGGUCAACUUCUCAGACCAAACCAAUUUGCAGUUUGAAACCAGCCCCGACGACAUCACAAAUCAGUCGGAGUUGGUGCUCCAGGAAAGCCCCUCGCUCACCGAGGACCAGUCCGAGUUUACUUUUGACUGCAGCCCCUCCCACACUGAGGAAUCAGAGCUGGCUUGUGACUAUGACCCCCCCACCCAAACUCCGGAGCCAGACAACACAGAGCAAGAACAGAGCAGUCCAUCUCUGAACAAGGACCAAUCAGAACCUGAGGGAGAGGGUAGCCCCGCCCACACUGAGGAUCAAUCAGAAUGACCAGAUCCAUACUGUCGCCUCAUGAAUACUGACGUUUCUUACAUUUGUAGAGGUCACACUCAACUCCAAGUCCAGCCUAGAUACCUGAGUUUCUAACGUUGUGGUGUGAGUGAGCGAGUGAGAGUGAGCUUGGGUAGAUGUGACAUUGAGUAUUCUACUGCGCAGACGCCUAUUUAAAGGAUAAACCUGGAUUUAUUCUAUAUAUUUUUAUUUCUGUCAAUACAUCCUGUGAAAAGACCAAAAGGAACAAUGGGUUUGUCCGUCUUCUAACUCUUUCUGACGGACCUGCCCUUUCUGUGACUCUCAGCCCCAAGCUCAUUCAUUCAUGAAUCUUUAAACGGAAACGCUAUUGAGUUUACGCAUCAUGAUGUCACUUGAGUCAGCAUCAGUUAGGUCUGAAAACAACAAGUGAUGUUAUAUGAGAAGUUGAGGUUUCGAAGCGUGUCUCAAGUCUAACUGAGCUUUCCUGGGGAAGCACGCAUCGACACACGGAUCAUUCUAGAUGUAUGACGUAACUGAUGACGCCUCGCUUUCUGUCCGUGUCACUGCGUUUGGUGACGGUUCCAAUUACGGAGCAACAUUUGACUGUGUAUAUAAGACCUCCAAGAGAAAUGAUGCAUUUUCAUAGUUUUUGGUCCGUGAUACUGAUUGACUUUCUUGUACUAGUGGCUUGUAAUUGCGACGGAUCCAUUUCUCCCAAUAAUUUAACAGGAUUAUUUAACAGAUUAUUAGGAACCCUAACCCCUAACCCUAACCCUAACCCCUAACCCCUAACCCCUAACCCUAACCCUAACCCUUCAAGAUCAAGUAGUGCUUUUAUUGGGGACUAUAUUCAGCUGUGGAUUAAUACACACUCUGUUCUCUAGUGAGUGUUUACAGAACUAGGAUUUUGUGUGUGGGACGUUAUCCAAAUUCAUCGUGAUAAAGGAACAUGUCACCCAGUGUAACUACGAGGAUCACUAUUAAAAAAAAAAAAGCAAAAUAAUGUCCUAGAGUAGGUGAACACUGGUUUGUAGCAAACGUAAUUGAAGUAAAUAACACGUUUUUAACAGCAGUGGGACGAUAUUUGUGGGAUUUGACUCAAAAAUAAACGACAGUGCGCAUGUUUAGUGUGAUGGAGGAUCAUGUCGACCGGUGCAAAAACAUGUUUUGUUGUGUUUUUAAUUGUUUUAGGAACAACAGUGGAGCUCUAUGGCGCGCAGGAAUAAAUUACAUCAGGCUUUGGUUACACAGAAAAAUACUAGUUUGGCCUUUUCAUGGGAUUUGAUGGCAAUAACAAAUAUAGAAUAUCCCUGUGUGUGUGUGUGUGUGUGUGUGUGUGUGUGUGUGUGUGUGUGUGUGUGUGUGUGUGUGUGUGUGUGUGUGUGACUUUCUGACACCUCACUUGCCAUGCAGAAAUGUGAUCCAGACUCUUACACAUCAUAAACAAACAUGACUUGCAAACAUUAUAAGGAGAGAAAAACAAGUCACAUGCAAAUAAUGGAGGGUGAUAAAUAAAAGGGGCAAAUAAUAGAGAAGAAAGCACAGCAGAACAAAGACAUGGAAAAUUAUUCUAAUGAGCACAUGAUGGUAAACAACUACCUAUUCACUAACACUGGACAAAUACAUCAGAGGGUUGUUGAAAUGUUUGCUGAUAAUAUUAAGAUAUACAGCUGUUGGUUAUAGAGUGUUAAUGCACUAACAGGUGAUUUAAUGGCAACAAUAUCAUCUUUAGUUUGUCCAGACUCCCUUGUUUACAACACUCUGCAGACUCUACAGAGUUACAUGCCACAGCUUACAUUUGUAUUUAAUCAGCCCCCAAAAAUCCACUAUCAGCUGUGAUCUAUUCACACGAUGACAAAGGCAGCUUCCAAAGGUCCACUAAGCUUAGUACAGGGCUCCAAAUAAUGGUGAAGCACAUUGUAAUUACCAUGAAUAUAGUUUACUGCACAUGUAGCCUUGUUUGGCUUUAUAGAGGCUGAUUCAAUAAGGGCAAUGUAGACUGUCAGUCUCGUCUCUUGAACUGCCUCUGCAUCUCCUGCUAUGUGAAUUUACUGUGUUUAACGUGUUUCUAGCAUGAUAAAGGAACAACACUUGAGCUCCGAGUGACAGGAAGAUACUGGCUGUUGUACAGAGCACACAAAACACACACACACACACACACACACACUUACACACACACACACUUAUACACACACACACACACAUGCACUGUAUGCGGCCUGUAGAUAUUUACACCUUGAUAUGUUACACAUAUCUUUAUGACAGAGUACAUUUAAUCCAGCCUGGCCUCCAAUACAAUGUUGAGAAGUGUAACCACUGUAUGAAGCACAGUGAUAAACCCACAAGUCCAAAAACUGUUGUAGAGCAAAGUGUGUGCGUGUGAGUCCUUGUUACGACCUUCAAAUGGGUGUAAGUAUUUUAGCUUCAUGCAACAAUUUUGAGCCAUAUUUCAAUCUUAUGUGAUAUCACAGCAGCGCACCAAUUCGGGCUCAUUUUUGUCUGUGUAAACAUUUGUGCAACAAUUUAUUAACGUCUCAACUUUUUGUUUGCAUAUAGAAUGUGUAGUAGUGCUCGCCAUAUAAGAUAACGUAUAAGGAGUUAAAUGUAGAGUGUAUAAGCUAAUUUGCAGCGUAUCUAGUUAAGCAAUAAGUCUGUAGUAUCUCCCUUUAUAUGGCACUGGCCUGUAUAUGCUUUGUACAUAUGAAAAUACACGGAUGAGAUCUAUGUACACGCUCUGUACAUAGGAGAAUUAUGCAUUUGAAAUCCAACAGCCAUUGUUAUUUUUCAGAGAACAUGAAAUUGUUUUUGUACAUGAGUGAAUGAUUAAAUUGAAAGGGGAAAAAAAAAAAACACCUUUAAA